AUGUUCUUCAGAAAUGUAUGGUGUGCGGCCGAGACGACGAAUAGUUGUAGACCGUUGCUUCUCCAGCAAGGUCGCGGAAGCCUCAGCAACGUUCGGGUGGUGGUUCGCAAUUCUUUACACAACAGUCGACGAGGCGCCCGGCGCACGGCCCUCGAGCCCGAUCCGUUGUCCCAGAUACAGAUAGAAUCAGGACCACUUCAUGCUAGAGUCCUUUGGAAGCCUUUCUUUUUCACAGUUGGGGUAUCUGCAGUAAGUCUCACUGGCUGCUUUAUAUGGGAAUAUGAGAACCUACGCUUACAUGCCUCAUCUUUUCUCAAAAAACCUGGCACCUGGUUGAGUGCUCAGCAAAGAAAAUUUAAAACACAUCUUCAAAAAGCUGAGCCUGGUCCGCUUACCAAAUGGUGGAGGUCGUUAAGAGACAGUGAGAAAGUCUUUUACCCAAUACUGGCUGCAAAUUUAUUGGUGUUUGGUGCUUGGCGUGUGAGGUCCCUGCAACCCUACAUGAUUAAAUACUUCUGUUCUAAUCCAUCUGGAAGUUCACGAUGUCUUCCAAUGUUGUUGUCUACAUUCAGCCAUUACUCUGCAAUGCAUCUGGCCGCAAAUAUGUAUGUUCUUUACAGCUUCAUGCCUGCUGCAGUAGCAUCAUUAGGAAAAGAACAAUUUGUAGCCAUGUAUUUAAGUGCUGGUGUAAUAAGCAGCUUUGCAAGUUUUGUCUACAAAGUUGCACUAAAUCAACCUGGCCUUAGUCUUGGUGCAUCUGGAGCAAUAAUGUCGGUGUUGGCGUAUGUAUGUGUACAGUAUCCUGAUACCAGGCUCAGCAUUAUCUUUCUACCAAUGUACACAUUUGCUGCUGGCACGGCUAUCAAGGUUAUUAUGAGUGUUGACUUUGCUGGAGUGGUAUUUGGAUGGAAAUUCUUCGACCAUGCUGCACAUCUUGGUGGUGCUUUAUUUGGCAUGGCUUGGUGUCACUGGGGUAGCUCAAUUAUAUGGGGGAACAGAGAUAAAUUCCUGCAGUAUUACCAUACUUUUAGGAAAAACGAUACAGGCAGAUAG